UAUUAAUUCAUAUUUCUUAAGUUAAUAGCACUAAUAUAUAUUUUUAAAAGUGUCCCUGAUUCAAUUGUUGAGCGCUACGCUUGCAUUUGUCCAUCCAAACAGUUCGGGUUACUCAAACUUUAAUUCCUUUUACAGUUAGAGAGCCGAACUAGCUUUCCCACAAUCCAUUGCACAUUAUUUUCCGGGAGCAUGGGUGAAACGUGAUCUGACAAGAGCAGCUGGCAAUUACUAUGAGGCAGUAGUCCUAUAACUUCAAGACUUGUAAAAAGCACUAGUUUAGUUGUGUCAGAGUAAUAAAAUAUGACAGAAAAAGGAGUGAUUGUUACUUAGUCAUCGUUGUUUAUUUAGUGGAAAGCCAGAAUGUUUGUGCAGGAGGAGAAGAUAUUUGCAGGGAGACUUCUGAGGGUCCAUGUCUGCACUAUGGAAGGGGCAGAGUGGCUGGAGGAGGUAUCUGAGGAUCUUACCAUAGAAAAACUCAAGGAAAAGUGCUUGAAACACUGUUUUGUGGGUACUUUGUUUUUUCCAAAGGGGAUGACUAUGCACUUUUUGGCACAUCUUACCUCUGAGAAGAUUUUAUUCAGUGCUAACACAUCAUCCGAUGCAGGAAUCCAAGACUCUGAUGUCUUGUUAUUAGUUAAAAAAAGAGCACCUCCACCUCCUCCCAAGAUGGUAGAAGUUUCUGCUGAAGAAAAGAAAAAGCAGGAACAGAAGGCACCUGAUAAAGAAGCGAUUGCAAAAGCAACCACAAGCCUUCCUGCACAUAACAUUGACAGGACUGUUACACAGCAUAAUAUGAGAGAUUUUCAGACUGAACUUAGGAAGAUCCUUGUAUCACUUAUUGAAGUCGCACAGAAACUGCUGGCAUUGAAUCCAGAUGCUGUAGAACUUUUUAAAAAGGCAAAUGACAAAUAUGAUGCUGUAUUUAUUAAAGUGGAACAUUUUGUUAAAACUAAUAUAGACGAGAAGCAUAAGAAAUUGUUUAGAGAUGAGAACGAUUGUAAAAAGCAAUUAGUUUAUCCAUUUCCAAAUUUGUAUGAUUCCAAUAUGGAAUAUAAUGAUUUUGAGUCUGCGUCUGUGGAAAUGGAUUUUAAUGGACAUACCACACAUUUUGAACUGGAUGGGAACUUAAGGGAGGAAGGAGGUUACAGAAUGUCAAUAACGCAAGCCAUGGAAUGGCUGAUAGAACACGCAGAUGAUCCCACAGCUGAUGUAUUGAUAUCAGGUCAGGAAUCAUCUUCAUCAGAAGCAGCUGCUGCUUCUACAUCAUCAUCAUCAUCAUCAUCUUCAUCAUCUAGAACAUGUGAAGAAUCAAAUUUAGAAGCCAGUGGUGAAGAUAACAAACAGGAUGAACUGACAGACAUUUUUAAGAGAAUCCGAAGGAAACGUGAAUUCCGGCCAGAUCCAAGGGCUGUUAUUGCUCUCAUGGAGAUGGGAUUUGAUGAAAAAGAAGUCACAGAUGCACUCAGGGUAAACAACAAUCAGCAAGAUGCUGCAUGUGUGUGGUCCAUUGUAAAGUUAUGUAAAAGUGAACUGCUUUAA